UCCAAGCACAUUUUGAUAACAAAUCAGUCUUCUAUUUGCACAUUCAGCAUACCCAGAUUUCCAACAAAAAGUGAGUGAUAAAAGCUGACGGGCAACCAACAUUGAGGUUCGAGGCAGUCCUGGGCCUUAAAGCAUAUCAGUUUUGGGCAUGAAUUGUUAUCUUUUCAUGGCCUGGCCUCCGUAGUGGUUGCAUAACAUUGUUUAAAUCAGAGAGACCUUUCAAGUCAACACCCACACCUGAUGUCUCGAGUGAGAGUAUGCCGUUGUGGCGUAAAAUCUUGUUGCUAGUGAUUUUUUGUCUCUCUCUCUCCGAAUUAUACGAAGAAUUAACCGAUGAAAUCCAUGGCUGGGUUCCAACGGAUUUGGAGGCCAUUGGGUUAGGCAAAUGGGUCGAUCAGAUCCAGCCGUGGUAUGACACAUACUUGGAUUUCCACGAAUGGCUUGACGAGGUUCUUCCACCCGGAGAUAGUGAUUGGAUUCAGGAUGAAGACUACGAUGACCAUGACAAUGGUGAGGUCACAAUACAACUUUCUGAUCAACCAAUGGGGCUCAACCAAAGUGAAUACUUCACCAUGUCAAAAGUUCCAAGGCGAAUUAGAACUUCAAAGAUAAUGUACAAAGUGGGACAGCUGGUCCAAAUAUCCUCUAGCCUUCAUGAGGGGUUUCCUGAUGUCUACCGUGAAAACGAAGGAAAUCCCACCCUGAUCUGUGUCAUAAUUGGAUGGGAUAAAAAGUUGAAAGCUCCCUAUCUUUGGAUAGAAAUGAUGUACGGAUCAGAUUUCGAAUCUUGGCUUUUGGAGCCACACUAUGCCCUAAUAUGUGAUAGUUACUCGGGAAUCAACGAACAAGAAGGGGAUGUGGAUCAACAAGGGCUCUUGACAUCUUCAGGCAACUUAGUCACCCACGUGGUGGAGGGGGUUCCAUAUGUGGCUCAAUCGGAAAUCAAGUUAAGCUCCGACCAUGCACCGGAUUUCCGACUUCUCAAUCCAUCCACUAGUAUUUUCUUCACUGGCUUUAGCGAACAAGAAUUCAAGUAUAUCAUGAAACCUUGGCUAAGAAAAAAAUAUCCCAAGGAUGCCUGAUGUCCCCUAGUUUGGUUGCUUAUUGUCCAAGUAAUAAAAGUUGCCAAUACUUUGUGAGUAAAUACACUUGAUAUUAUCAUGAAAUAAAUUCGCCUUCACACA